CGGCCCCUUUAAAGGCACGCGGCGGGGCCGUCAGCGCGGGGAGGGGCGGGGGCGGCACCGGCACCACCGGCACCGGGACCACCGGGAGCGGCACCGGGAGCGACGAGGCGGCCGCGGCGGGGGCCGCGCCGCGCCAUGGCCCAGCAGCAGAUGAGCAGCUCGCAGAAGGCGCUGAUGCUGGAGCUGAAGUCGCUGCAGGAGGAGCCGGUCGAGGGCUUCCGCAUCACCCUGGUCGACGAGUCCGACCUCUACAACUGGGAGGUGGCGAUCUUCGGGCCCCCCAACACGCUCUACGAGGGCGGGUACUUCAAGGCUCACAUUAAAUUUCCUAUUGACUAUCCAUAUUCACCACCUACCUUCAGAUUCCUGACCAAAAUGUGGCACCCCAACAUUUAUGAGAAUGGAGAUGUAUGUAUUUCAAUUCUUCAUCCACCUGUAGAUGACCCACAAAGUGGAGAGCUGCCAUCAGAGAGGUGGAACCCUACCCAGAAUGUCAGGACUAUCUUACUGAGUGUAAUCUCUUUGCUUAAUGAGCCCAACACAUUCUCCCCAGCCAAUGUGGAUGCAUCAGUCAUGUUCAGGAAAUGGAGGGACAGUAAAGGAAAAGACAAGGAGUACGCCGAAAUCAUAAGGAAACAGGUUUUGGCUACCAAAGCUGAGGCAGAGAAGGAUGGCGUGAAGGUCCCCACUACACUGGCAGAGUACUGCAUCAAAACUAAAGUGCCUUCCAAUGACAACAGUUCAGAUUUGCUUUACGACGACUUGUACGACGACGACAUUGACGAUGAAGACGAGGAGGAGGAGGAUGCCGACUGUUACGAUGACGAUGAUUCUGGCAACGAGGAGUCGUGACCUGCUCCCUCUAUGCCCCUGUACUGCCCUGCCGACUCAGGCCAGAAGGGAGCAGCGGUAACCUAGCAGCAGUCCAGCAAAAAAGUGGGGGGGGGUGUCAAAAAAAAAAAAAAAUCAAAACAAAAAAAAAAACCCAACACAAAACUUUGUCUCCUGCUGUCUCCUGUUGUAUGGAUCUGUUCGCUCCUUUUUUAUGGACCUCUUAGAGACCCUCCACAGAAUGUCUGAAUUCUUGCAUUCUUAACCCUUUCAUCACUGUAUUACAAUUUCUUUUUAAAAAAGAAACUCCCCUUUUCACUUCUUUACGAAAUGCUCACAGCAAAACAGGUUUGCUCGUGUUUAGAUUCUUGAAUUAAAUACAGUCUUGCAUUGAGAUGUUUAAUGUAUUUAAAGCUGGAACAAACCCAUUGGAAGCCAGGUUUUUGGGAGCUCAAAGUGCUGCAUUUACUGGGAAGAAAAAAAUAAUCCCCACAGCAAAUUGCCAAGGUUUAGCUGCUCCAUUUACAAUAAUAGCGUGUGUACAUUCGUUUAGCCUUGUGGUGGUGGCUUUUCCUUUAUAAGGUGUGGGGCGGAGAGUGUAAAGCUACUGUGUGUUGAGCUUGAUGGGAUGUCACUGAAAGGUACAGUAUUCCUUUUCAGCCUGCUAAGUUAGGAAGUAGCUGGCCCCCGGUGCCCCAGAGGGCACAAUCAGCUUUGUCUCUGGAAAAGGCUUGUGAUAUGAACCUAAAAUAAACACUUAACACUUCUCAUCUGUACAACUGAGCCCUGGGUUGCUAUUUCUUUUUUUUUUUCUUUUUUUUUUUUUUUCCCCCAGACUAGGAUAGGGUUGAAAAAGUUCAGCUUAGCCAUUCUGCUGAGAUCUGCUGCCAGCUGCCCCUCUCUGGAGGGAGGAGAGCAGAUGUGCAUCCUGCUGCCCAGAGGGCCACCAUUUGUGCUGGACUUAUUUUUGGCAGUGGGACAGGCCAGCAGGCUCCUGCCCCGUGCUGGCUGGCAGCCCUUGCUCCCUGCAGCCCCAGCCCUGUGCAUCUGGAGCUGCCUUCUGUCGCUUGUGUAGGUCACCUGUGGGCAGGUGCAGCUCUGCACAGCUGAGCUUAAAAACACCUGACAUGCACUUGCUUAAAUCUAGGUUUGUCUUCACAGGAAAGGUAAUUAAUUAUAGGGGAGAUAAAAAGGUUUAUGAUUUCAAAAAAGACAAUCCAAGUGAUAGAGUGUGAGAUCCUAGCUCCCUGAUGAUGUCUGGAUUUCUGCCUACCUUUCUUAGGCAUUGACUUCCUUCCUAAUUCUCUGCCUAAACAUGGAAGCUGAAGUUAUUGGGGUUUCAACUACACACAGAAAAGCUCCUAAGAGAGGGGAAUUCUGCUUGUUCUCCUCCACCACUUGCAUUCUUAUGGAGCCAAAUUAUUUACUGUGGUUUUUCAGCAGAGUGGUAAGAGAUAGCAAAGACUAGAUUUUAGUUUGUUUGUUUGUUUGUUUUUUUUUUUAAGAGAAGUAGUUUGCAUGCAUUUCCCAGAGGAGUUCAGAGAAGAGCCCGCGGGGCCGGCAGAGCUGGGAGCUGGUUUUGGUGUCCGGGCUGUCCCUGCCCCACCUGCAGCCCCAGCAGGGUGUGACAGGCGCUUCAGCAGUGAGCUUCAGCCGGUGCCCCGGGCUCAGCCUCCCGCGUGUUUCUGGGGGCCCUUGGCAGAGCUCAGGGCGCUCCGUGGCGGGCAGGGGGAUCCUGCAUGUUCCCGUCCCAGACCCCUCUCCUCCGGCUCUCCCCGCUGCAGCGCGCUCGUGUUUGGCUGCGCUGCCCGAGUUCCCCUUGGGCGUCAUCCCUGGACCGGCGGCCGGGCCUGGCAGCCCGGAGAUGCUGACCCUGCUCGGGCGGGACCCUCGGUCCCCGCAGGUGCAGGGGCAUCGCCCUGACCAGAGCUGCGCCUCCCUCCGCGUGUCUCAGGGUUUUCCAUGGUACGUCCCCAGCCGCGGGUCCCUCGGGGGUGCCUCGGUGGGAGCAGCCUUUGCUGUGGAUCCGGGGCAAGACUGAGCGAAAGCUCCGAGCCCCGACGGAGAUGACAGGAGAGGAGAGGAAGGCCUCGGGGCCCCGAGGCAGAUCUGUUUCCGAAGUGUUGUUUGGCUGGGGUUGGCAGGGCCAGCCCUGCCCCGGCCGCGCAUCCCUCUGCCCGAGCGGCUCCCUCGGCCGCCCGCCCUCCGGCUUGCGUGUUACCUGGGGAGGCAGCUGCACCCUCCUGAGGUGUCAGCCUUCUUCCAGCAAGGACUUAGCCCCAGGUGCUUUUUGGAGCCUGCAGCGGGGCUCCCCUGUGUGUAGUGUCGGUGUGGGGCACCCCCAGCUUCACGCCAGCCCUGCGAGGGCCGCGCCAGCGCUGGCAAAUGGCCCCGAUGCUCCCGGCUGCAGGACUGGACUCGGGGCCACGCCGGGGCAGGGGCACCAAGCUCCCGCUCCCAGGCGGCUGUGGGGGGUGAAGGAGCAGGGUGUGGCAACACUGGCUUUGCUGAUGGCUUGGUUGGAAAUGAGGAUACUGCAUCUUUCAGGAUUUCCCUUGUACUUUUGACCGUCUUCACUGUAUACUCUCCAGUGACUUGUAUUUCCAAGCUUGGUGUUGUAAGAUGCAUUAUUAUGACUCUUCUGUUACCCUUUUUUAAUGACAAAAAAAGCAACCUCUUUUGAGAGCUCCGACAUUAACCAGACUAAUUUCUCUUCCCCACUGUCCUGUGCAGUGUCAUUGCUUGUUGACUUGCUGGUUUCCUUUUUUUGAAAUACAACUGAAGUAUGAGGGGAUUUUUUUGAAACUAUUUAAGAGAUUGCAGAAAAAUGUUUACCUGCUCUGUGUAUUCUGGGUUUUUCUUAACCCCUUUUCUCCUGUUUCAGUCAAUAUUAGCGUUUACAUUUGCAGCUACGUGUCCCUUCAAAUGCAGUUUUCAACCAUUCUGAAACCAGCAGGGAACACUAGAUUUCUUAGUAGUUUUCUUAGCUGAACUCCCAAAUAUUUUCCUUUUUUUCUUCAGUAUAAUUUACCAGAAAGAAUUAACUGAUGCAUUUUUGUGUUGUCUUCUCCUUCAGUAGUUAUAUUUUGUCUUUUCUGCACAUCUGUCUACUAAUAAAAAUGUGAAAUGAAA